AUCCUGCAGAUAUUGACAGAAUGAUCACUAGAUUGUGCCCCAGGCCUCAAAAGCUGGUGUUGGAAGCAAACUCAACUGACUUGGACAAAACCUUGCAAACUGUCUCCAUUAAUCAUGAUAUAUCUCAAGAUGACUGCUUCCCACAGUACCGAGCACGAGCAGUGGCUACAGGUUCACUUGCCAACCAGGGCAUCACUACUACUUCGCCACCAUUGCUGACUGCCACCCCCUUGCCCAAUGCAAAUCCACCUUCUGUUGUCUCAAGACCACCAGUUCAGCAACCACAACCUCGUUACCAAUUACCAGGCACUUCCCAUUCCCAGGUAUGCCCCUCCACUUUUUCACAUCAAGUAUUCAUCACUGUCCUACCAAAUCCAGUGGUAUCUUCUACGUGGAAAUGCCUCAUCAAGCACAGCAAUUAAAUGAAGCUUGGGAGAAGAGGUUUCAUUCCUUGGAGCAAAGGUUGCACGGCAUGGUGACACCGGAAGCUCCUCAGCAUAAUCCAGGGCCUUUGUCCGCUGAACCAGUGGCUGAGGAUGGGACGUCACACCAGGACGCCUCAGGCUCUUCGCAGCAUGAAGGAGCGUACCAAUCCACAACAGACGAGGAUAGCGACGAUGAUGAUGAAGAUUAUGUUGGUGACUAGGAACAAUUGGUGACUAGAAAACCUAGAGACAAUCACCAGAAGACAGCAGUGUAGGACUCGCCGGCUCUCUCUGCAGCUUGAUGAGGCAGAACUUGAUAAAAUCACACCUUGUGUCACUGUUGUGGUACAUUGGAGGUAGAAGAAGACAGAGGCAAGGUAGAUGGAGGCGUGCUCGCCCUCCUUGCGGAGGCUCUGAACAACCUGAUUAAGUGGCUAGAUCAAUCCUUGCUUAAACCUAAA